UAUGAGUUCAUACAGAGAUUAGGCCUUUGGAAUCAAUUCAAGACCAUCAAAUGACCCACUCAGAUUUCCAUAAACUAUAACAGCAGAUAUUUACAACAACUUUUCAUAAAAACCAUUAACCAAUGAAUAAUCAUCAGGAUUACCAUUUUAAUUUGGUUCUGCUCCUGCUAGAGCUUAUGCUUAAGAAGUAUUAUUUAUAAUAAGUUUAGCUUUAAUUAUCUCCAGAUAUAUAAGUAUUAGCAAAGCAGUAACAAUUAUAAUAACAUUCAGCUGCACUUCCAGUCUAAUAAAAAGUCAUUUAACCAUAGCCUAUAUAUUAAGAAAUUCAACAUUUCGAUAAACCAGUUAAGGUUGUAUCAAGAAGUGAUAUUGAGGAACCUUGGAGAAGUAUUAAUUUUUUAAGAUUAUAUAGAUAAGUGUUAAUUUUUGGAAAGACAAAUUUAUGAUUUAUAACAAGAAAACAUUAGAUUAAGAUAAUAAAAUAUUGCAUCUGAAAAGGUUACUUAUUUUGAAGAUACUGGAAGAGUUAAUUAAUUGAUGCAAGAGAUUGAUAGAUUAAAUAAGACUAUUUUAGAUUUGAAUUCAGAAAUUGAAUAAUGGAGAUAAAGAUAUUAAAGUUUGGAAGCAUAAUUAAAAACAAGAUAAAAUGUAGAAAUGGAAAUUGAAAGAAUGAGAAGAUCUGUUUAAGAUAAUGAGAAUAUUAUGCAUGUUGAAAUGAAUAGAUUAAGAGAAUAAUUAGAUGAAUGGCAAAAAAGAUGUCAAUCACUUGAGUCUUAAAGUUAAGAUGCUUAAACUUUCUUAGCUAAAUCAAGAACUCAUGAACAAUAAAUAUGUAUAAAUAUUUAUAUAUAUUUUUAGUUAAUUUAUAGGCUGAUUUGAAAAAGGCAGAAAUGAGUUUAAAAUCUAAAUAAGAUGAUUUUGAAGCUUUGUAAUAAAAAUUUAAUAGACUUGAAAGAGUUGUAAGAGAUAGUGAGUAUUAAUCAUAAGAAAUGGCUAAGUAAUUAAUUAUUAUAUGAUUUUCAAUAGUCUAAGAAAAAUUAUUGAUGAUAGGAAUAAAGAAAUUGAUAUCUUAAGAAGAUAAAGUCAUUCAUAAUUUGGAAAUUAGAGUAUUAAAGAUUUAGAAGGAAAAUUAGCUCUAUUUUAGGGAGAAUGUGAAAGAUUAAAUUAACUUUUAAAUCACAAAGAAUAAGAAUUGCAAUUAUACAGAGAUUAACUAAAGAGACAAUCUCAUUAUAGUAAUAAAUAAUGA